AUGUCGCUCUUCGGUCAGACCAAGCGCCAUACCCCACCCUUCACCCCAAAAGGUCGUCGGUCGCCCUUACCCAUGUUCUCCGGCGCCGACGAGAAGCGCUUUCACCCCGCAUCAGGCUCGACCUCCACCUCGGGCCUAUUCACCACCGUCUACCUCCCCAUUCCUCGCAUACCAUUCCGGACUUCGGCGGACGAGAAUGGUACGGCCGGAUCAUCACGGUACGACUACCACGAGAAGCGGACGCGGCAGACGCGGUAUGUCCGCGUAUGCCUGCCCAUCCCCCCGAGGUUGUAUGCGCGGCUCGUACACCCUUCCAGGCCAAUACGGGCGUUACUGGCGUUCUUGUUGCUGCUAGGCGUACUGGUGCUAUUGCUGGGAUUUAGGAGAAGACCGGGCGGAGGAGGAGGGUGGUCUCCGCCAUUCUCGGAACCAGACUCACUGGUCCUGACGCAUGAGGAGGUCGCUGCGAUAUGGGAAUGGGAGGUAUUAAGCGGGCAUCAUCCCAGUAUACAGCAACCGCCGGACCAUCUACCCCUCUUGUCAGCCCUCACCAACCCCUCCGUCCCAUAUUCCCUCGCUCCUUCUACGACAAACGACACCUCCUCACCCCUCCUCGCGCACCAUCAGCGCACAUCUCAAGCGCCUGAAGGGCAUCUUGUCGGAUCAGGACCAGAACGGACAUUUGUGGCGGCGUGGGAAGGCGGAGAGGCGGUACAUGGGUAUCCAGCGAGACCGCUGCCGGGGCUGGUGAUGGACCUGGACACUAUGCUGGAACGGUGUGAUUUCGGGACCUACAAGUACGUCCGAGACUGCCUUGAAUUCCUUCGAGUCGGCGGUGGACUAGACAAUGGCCGUCGAGUCCGCCGCGGCAACUACCUCAGCACAUUCAAGCAAAUGUACUACGAAACAUCCCCUCCGACGCACGACUUGAAGAAUUGGACACCACGUCUCACACCCUCCCACUCCCGCGACCAUUCCCUCUCCCGAACACCCCUCACCCUCAACCCUCUCCUACCCCUCCCCACCUCCAUAUCCUCCACAACGCCCUGUGACCCCGACCGGCCACGGGUAUUCCACAUGUUCUGGGCGGGACCUUUCUCCGACAAACCCUACAUGGCGGUCAUGUCCUUCCUCUUCACUCAGAACCUCGGUCUCGAUUCGGAUAUCGCCAGCGGGUCGGAUACCAUCCGGAAGGCAUGCCGACCGCAAUUCUGGGUUUGGAUCAACCCGGGCCCAGCGGCGGCGGUACCCAACCCCUCGGCCAAGCGGGAAAUGUACGAACAGCUCGCAACCAACCCAUGGUCCGCGCCGUUCCUGCAUGAACGCUUCCUGGACGUCGUCAAGUUCAAAAUGUGGAACACUACGGAACAGCUUGACGGGGUCGACGAGCUCCGGGAUCACUGGCGGACGAUGCCCAUCUUCAACUCGGGCGGAAACACCUACAAGCCCGCUGCGCCCGCUCAGCAGACGACGGCUGCUCCUGCUCCGGCGGACGAGCCCAAUAUGGGCGACGUGGUCGAGGCGGUCGAGACUACCGAAGCUCCUGUCCCUCGUAAAAAGAAGGAUGGGCUCUUUGAGAAGGUCGGAUCGACCUCGGAAUCAGACUAUGACCGUCUCUCCGUCAUUCUGUCGGAUAUGGCCCGAUUCGUCCUGACGCAUCGAUACGGCGGUAUCUACCUCGACGCGGAUACAAUCUUCCUGCGCGACUGGGAAGAGUUGUGGAAUUAUCGCGGGCAAUUUGCGUACCGGUGGUCAUGGCACCAAAAGUACAAUACGGCGGUGUUGAAGCUGCACAAGGGGAGUGCGUUGGGCACGUUCCUCUUCAAGACGGCCCUGGAGAAUGGGAUGGACUUCCACCCGAUGACGGUUAGCAAGUACCUGAAGGAUGCGGGGCUGGAUAAGCUGCUUUUCCGGAUACCGGAUGCGCUGUUUGAUCCGGCGUGGUUGAAUAUGGAGAGGUAUCAGAGGGAGCGGCCGCCUUUCCCAUACUUCCCAGAAUUCUCCGUCUUCUUCUCGAAUGACCGGAUGGAUACUGCUGGACCACAACAGCUGGGCUUCGACGGCUUCUUCCGCGGGGCCUUCUCGUACCACUUCCACAAUUUCUGGUGGCUCCCCUUCGACAAAUCUCGCAACUUCCCUGACCUCGGCCCUCGGUUCAUCAAGGGCGAAAAGGCCCUCCGCGAUGCUCAGCGCGCUGCCGCCCGGCUCGCAGCUGGUGACUCCGAGUCGGAGGCGGGACUCACGGCAGUAGGGGACAGCCCUGACGUGUCCACUCGGGCAGAUAUGGACGACGAGGUGGAUCUGAGUUGGUCGGCGGUGAUGAAGCGGACGUUUGAAGGGUAUUUGCGGCAGGAGAGGCCGAACAUGUAUGGGGAGUGGUUGAGCUGGGAGAGAGGGAACAAGAGGGAAGACAGGGAUUGA